UAUUCAACUGGAGCUUGACUGAGCCGUGUGACUAGACGAAGAAGAAGCAAGCUUGGCUGCGGUCAGGAUCGAGUUCACGUUUUGAGCUGUUGUAUCAUUUCCUUUUCGUUGGGCGCUUUGGCUGCUGUUGAUUACAAGCCGUUCUUAUCGGAAUGGCUGAACCGAGCGCCGCAUAUCAGCAGCUGUCCAACGAAGAGGAGCCAGAGGAGAGGCUGCAGGUAGCUGACGCGCCACCCCCCUACAGCAGCGUGGGAGUGGACAGUGCCGCCUACUUGGACUACAAGGAGGAUGGGGCUUUCCCCAAGCCUCCAUCGUACAACGUAGCCACCACGCUGCCUUCCUAUGAUGAGGCAGAGCGAAGCAAGGCCGAAGCUACAGCUCCGCUGGUUCCAGGAAGACAUCAGCAGCAGCCUCAGCACAGGGAACGCCUGGAGACUUUUGAUGAUGUAAUUCGCAGUUCGUUGGAGGAUGAAGACUUUGUGACCAGAGACGACUUUGAAGACGCUGACCAGCUGAGGAUAGGAAAUGACGGCAUCUUCAUGCUCACUUUCUUCAUGGCGUUCCUCUUCAACUGGAUCGGAUUCUUUCUGUCGUUCUGUCUGACCACAUCAGCAGCUGGCCGCUAUGGGGCCAUCUCAGGGUUUGGCCUGUCCCUCAUCAAGUGGAUUCUCAUAGUCCGGUUCUCCACAUAUUUCCCUGGUUACUUUGAUGGACAGUAUUGGCUGUGGUGGGUUUUCUUGGUCUUGGGUGUUCUGCUCUUCCUCCGUGGAUUCAUCAACUAUGCCAGGAUCCGUAAGAUGGCCGACACUUUCUCCACUCUGCCUCGCACCCGAGUUCUCUUCAUUUACUAGAUUCCAUUUACACUUCUCUCCUCUUUCUCCGUGUGGAACACUGUCUAGCUUUAUUCUUUCUCAGUGGAACAAUGGAUGUUCCUGUUUUUCCUCAGCUCGACAUUAUUUGGACUUUACAAUGUCUUGUCCCAUCCAUUUUGGUGUGAAAUAACAAAUGUGGAGAAAUCUUCAAAACCCUUCAGUUGUUAGUGGUGAAGUGUGAAGUGCUAUUUGAGAUUACAAAGUGUGUGAUGUCUAAAUUAUUGCCUUAUUUAACAUUUCUGUCCGUCGGUAGCAGCACCAGCAUGCGCCGGCCUCCUUUUUGGCCACCAGGUGGCAGUCUUGUUUGUGUCAUGUUAUUUUUCCAUCAGUCUUUGAAUGGAUUAAGGUGGUUCUCAGCCCAUGGGUCAGUGGGUAAUUAUGGGGUUAGGAGUUGAUAUAAACCAUAUGAAAAAUACUGCAAAUACUCACUUCGGAUAUUAAGAUGCUUUUUACUUUUCUGUUCUUUUUUCUGUUCUGAAAUAGUCAUUACUUCAUUUAAUACAAAGAUAGAGGGAAACCUUUCUGUUAGUUUAUUGUGGGGGGGCUUUUCACCAAAGCAUUGUUUCCUCAUGCAUUCAGGAUUCGUCUCUACCUGCAGUGUAAUCAGGACUGUUUUUUCCUUAUGGAUCUCACGUAUUGCAGCAGAUGCAGAGGUGUCCAGGCGUCCAUUAGCCUGGUUCUGGACUCGGUCUUGCUGUUUGCUUGAAUACAUGUGAUAAACUCUUAGUCUGUCACUGGAUUCAAAUGUGCAAUCAGACGGUUUUGGUGAAAUAAACUAUUCCAACAUUUCA